AAAAGAGACCAUUAAUUGUUGGUGCAACAGGCUAGCUUCCAUGAUAAUUAAUAGACAAUGGCUAUCAGUAUGCUACCUCUUUUUGCUAUCAUUUUGAUCCUUCACUCUGGUCCCUCAUCAUCACUCACCACUACUGAAAACUGGAAGCAUCUCAACGUCCCUUGCAAUACAGAAAGUGUAUCCUUUCGUAAUGUGACUAAGAAGACAGAUAUACAUCUGGAUCACUGUACGUUUAAUUUAAGAUAUCCACUACAUAUUUCGAACAUAAACAACCUUCGUAUUAUCGGCAGUGGUAAUGGAACAGUGAUUAACUGUACAAGUGACAACGCUGGUCUAUUGUUUAAAAAGGUAAAUAACCUACUGUUAGAGAGUUUGACUAUACAAAAUUGUGGAGUGUUUAGUGAUGACAAGUUGCAAAUUGCUAGUGUUCGAAUAGUGAGAGGUAAGAAUGUAACUAUCAUGAAUGUGACAAUAGAAAAUGGUACAGGAACUGGUUUAUCUCUCAUCAACGUUGGGGGUGUUGUGACUGUUGAGAAUUGCACUUUCCGUCGCAACUUUUAUUAUGUAGAUCGAAUGUACCAGGUUGUGAAUGCUACACACAAUGACUUUACCCAAAGGGGAGGAGGUAUGCAAAUACGAAUCGGCUUGAAGCAUAGAUCUGUGUAUGUUAUUCAGAGAUGCAAGUUUUUGUUCAAUUUUGCCUCCAGUGGAGGAGGUCUAUUUGUAGUAGUUCAGCUGCAUGCAUCGAAUCAUAGUAUUACUGUUGAGAAUAGUGACUUUAUCAAAAAUAAAUGCCAAAACGGUGGCGGCGGUGUGCAGUUUGGCUAUACAGCUCUGCGACUAUCUUCAAAAAAAGUAAAAUUCAAUUCCAUUAUGUUCCAAAACUGUGUGUUCAGAGGCAAUGAGGCUAGGUAUGGUGGAGGAACAGCGAUAUUCUCUUCUUUGGGUACACCACUAUUCUCCGAUAACAAAAUCCAGAUGAACAAUAGCUCGUGGUCUAAUAACACUGCCUCUAAACUUGGAAUGGCUGUUGACAUAGCUAUUGCUCCUUGGGAGACAUUUAGCAGGAAUGGUCUUUUUCCUAAACCAUUGUUCAGUCACUGUAAUUUUACAGAGCAUACACAUUAUACUUUUCUCAGCAGUCCUAGAAGUAUUUUCACCCUAACAGGAUUCAGGAUAGAUUUCAAGGACACAAUAUUGUUUGAAAGAAACACAGGUACUGCAAUUGAGGCAAAUUUGGCUGAACUGAAUUUUACUGAAAACUCGUAUGUUAAAUUUGGUGAAAAUCGUGGAGUUAAUGGUGGGGCUGUGAGCUUGAAGGGAUUAUCUGUGAUAUUUAUUUACGAUCACUCUACAUUGGUAUUUCAGGAUAAUAGUGCUUUGAAAAAAGGUGGUGCUAUUUAUGUUGAUUCUUCUGGCAGGCAUUCUGAGUCAGUUUGCUUUAUCCAGCACAGAGGAAAAAAGCAGUUUCAUGUUUCCUUUGUAUUCGAUAAUAACACUGCAGGUUUUGAAAAUUUUAGACAUAGAGGUGACUCCAUAUAUGCUUCAUCUCUUCUGCCCUGUCUUGGAAAGUGUUCUCAAUUACAUGAUAAUGUAUCUGUGUCAAGGGCAUUGGCAUGCAUAGGAAAGUUUAAAUUUGAUUUAGUAAGUCGCAGACGACAAAUUACCUCUGCAGCUCAUCAUUUUUCAAGAAGUGAUACGUUAAAUGAGCAAGAUCCAAUGUGCAAUUUGUUUAUGGUCAAUGACAUCAUUUACUCAAACAAAAAUUAUGUAACCAGAAAUAUCGAUUACCAUAUUAACGAAAGCUUAUACGUCACACCCGGUAACACUACAAAGAUACCUCUGAAACUAGUGGAUGAACUUUGUGGAGAAGUUUCCUUUCGUGUAUCAGUAGAAGUAUUGAAGUCAGACCAAGGAAGCAUAUUCAUUGACUCAACACACUCAAUAAUUACUGACAAUUAUAUCACAAUACAUGGAGAUCCACACGAUUUCGGCACUUUACAGUUUUCUGCUGUUGGAGUACGAUGUGUUACUUUGUCUGUCAAAUUAAAUGAUUGUCCCCCAGGCUAUAUACACAAUAAUUUAACGAAAAAUUGCGUGUGCUCUUUGGCUACUCUACUACACUACGAUGGAAUUGAGAGGUGUAGUGAAACAAACUUCACAGCGUAUACAAAACACGGAUAUUGGCUGGGAUACUUAAAAAACCCUAAUAAGGAGACGAGACAGGACCGAUUAGCUUCUGCCAUUUGCCCCAAAGGUUUUUGCACAACUAACUCUUCCUCGGAGUAUCCAUUACCAUCUGUAGCUUUGGAUGAUUUGAGCUCAUAUAUCUGUAACGAAACAAGAAGAGGUAUUAUUUGUGGUAGCUGCAAAGAAAAUAACUCUGCUUAUUAUCGCUCUACUUCGUUUUCUUGCAAACCCAAUGAUUUGUGCCACCUGGGGUGGUUGUUCUACAUUCUGUCCGAGAUAAUUCCGGUAACUUUCCUGUUCUUCAUUGUCAUUUACUUCAACUUGUCAUUCACAUCUGGUGCAUUGAAUGGUAUUAUUUUUUUCGUUCAAGUGAUAGGCACAUUUAAAAUCGAUGGUGAAAACUUUAUACAAUUCCCUGAAGGAGUAAAACAACUGUCACGGAUUUACAAGCUUGUUUAUCGGAUUUUUCUGUUAAAGUUUUUUGCUCUUGAAGAGGUUUCAUUUUGCCUUUGGGAAGGUGCUACUGCCCUUGACAUGCUAGCGUUCAGGUAUGUCACUAUCAUGUACAGUUUGUUUCUUGUAAUUUUUACGGUCAUUUUACUAAAGAAACGUAUAUUUUCAUUUCACGGUUGCCAUUUAUCAAAACAAUUGAAAAAAGAACAGCCAAACUUGAAGCAUUCUAUACUUAAUGGACUGUCAGCAUUUCUGGUGAUGAGUUACUCUGAAUGCACACGAGUGUCUCUGAUGAUACUAACUACUGGAACACUGACCGUUGGGCCUAUAACUAAACAAAAGUUUGAGCCUGUCGUCUUCUAUAAUGGAGAGUAUUCCUUCAUGGGUAAAGAACAUUUGAAGUAUGCGUUGCCAGCCCUUUUCUUCCUGUUUACGAUUGUAGCUGUACCUCCAAUACUUUUGAUUGUCUACCCACUGUGUUACAAACUGUUCGCUUUGCUGAGGAUAAAUGAAUCAAAGUGUGUCCAAAUUACAUGUAAGGUCAUUCCCUUAGAGAAAAUCAAGCCGAUGUUCGAUUCCAUUCAGGGUGCAUUCAAAGACCAAUAUCGUUUCUUUGCUGGGCUGUAUUUCGUUUAUCGACUCGGUGCUUCUCUAACCUUUUCGUUCCCAAGUGCUUUGAAAACAUAUUACACUGCUACUAGUGCUCAGCUGAUAUUCAUUUUGAUGGUACAUGCCAGGGGCGUAGGCAGGAAUUUGAGGAAGGGGGGGCUGAGCUGUUCACGCCAGAAACUACUUGGCGCGGAGCGCCGAAAAUUCCGGUGACCGGAAGCCACACCCCCUAGUUAAUGACUCUUGCGCAUGUGCAAGAAAUAGCCACACCUUGCUUCAAUUAAUAAUACUGCUAAAGCUAGCUACAUGUAGCUAGCCGUAGCUAGCUAGCUUAGUUGCACUAAAGAAUCAAAGUUACUAGUAUAGUAUAGCUAGCUCUUGGACAUGCUGUUUGUCUGCCACUAAUCUAUACCAGUAAUUCCCAGGCUGAAGACUCAUCAGAGAAGGUGGGGCUCUUAGUGUAGUUUUUGCAGAGAAAGGGGGGGCUCCAGCCCCCAAAGCCCUCCCCCUCCCUACGCCCCUGCAUGCAGUGUGUUGUCCUUACCGACAAAAGUGGCACAACGUUUUGGAUGCCCUCUUGUUCUCAAUCCUAGCCAUGAUCAAUGCAAUAUCGUUCUUCAAUUAUGAACGUAAUCAAUCGGAUGUAACGUAUUUAGCAGGAGUUCAAUGUGUACUAAUUUUGCUUCCAUUGGUAUAUUUGGUCAUAUACACUACAUACAAAAUCUAUUCGAAGAUUAAGACUGCUAUGGCCUCAUGCUCAAAAAGAAACGACACAGAAGACGAAGAUGACAACUUAAAUGGGAUUUUAGAUAUGGUGGAUUCAAGAAUUAUUGAACAAGCAGAUGAUGGGGAAAUAAAUGAUUACAUGUUACUGAAAGCGAAGUAGGAAAGUGUCAACAAUUAAUAUUCUCACGCAGUAUAUACAUAAUCAUAAUAAUUAUUAUUCCGUAUAUAUGAAUAAUGCAUAUAAUUAUACGCAUACAUUAUACACAUACAAUCACUGUACUUGUGCUUCACAUGCAGUAAGAUUUGUAAAAAUUAUG